CGUUCAGUCACAGUCACCGAUUUCAGUCCGGUAGAAAAAAUUGUUGAUCAACGUUGCUCCUCACGAUUCGUGAUCGGUCUUCUGCGUUUAGUCUCUGCCGAACUCUCGUCUCGUGAACAUCCACGUCCGAUCAAGUUGAAUCUUUGAAUCUAAACUUCGAAAUAAGUCAGAAUGGCGAUCAAUAAGAUGACUAUCAUCAAACUGUUACAGUUGAUAACGGUAUGCAUCCUCAUAGCGUUGCAUUAUCACUCUUUCAGUGAUGGUAGCCAAAACAGUGCGAUGAUUACGAUGGGCGCUUUUGGUGGAUAUUUAAUUAUCCUGGCUGGAGUAUUCUUUGGGAUUCUUGCGGGAUAUGGCAUGGAUCGACGUCUAGACAUGUUUUACUCGUCGACCGGUUGUGCCCUGUUCAUCAUCGCCGGUGCUUUGAUCCUUGACCACUUCACAAAUUCGGUUUAUCGUGGUUCUUACCGCGAUACUGGACUCGCUAAAGGCUGCAUCAGCAUCGCCGAGGGAGUUUUAUUUUUGGUGGAUGCGAUACUCGUGUUUCGAGGAGAAGCCUAAAGUACAGAAUAAAUUCUUAAAUAAUGUCAGGGGCCGUCUAAUCAUCGAUUCGUUCUUGAAAAUACAAUCAUAUGAUGAUGAGAAAUCAUCACGAAAAUGUAUUGAAUAAACUGCUGUCAAAUAUCGAAGGAAUCGAAUUGAUUAUGACGGAAAAAUCUUUACUUUUGAAAACUUGAAGAAGAAACAGAUGAAAAGAAGUGAAAGAUUGAUUCGUAAGAGGAAUUUUGUGGAUAUAAAGGGAGUAGAAAUAAAAAUAACAUUUUGAAUAAGGAUUUUUUAGCUUCUUUUAUCGCUGAAGUAAAAAUAUGUUUUUAAAAAGAAACAAUUCUUAUAUCAUAAUAAUUGAGUAAUUUUUUAUAGUAAAUUCAUGCUAGAU